CAGAAAAGGUGAACAUUAUUAUUGUUUAUUAUUUACUGUGAGUUCUAUUUAUUUGAAAUUAGGUGAAAUUGUCGAUUGUGUAAAGUGUUUUCGGUGCCUUUCGAUCCACAUGUGAGAUUACCAAUGAUUGGAAAGGAAUUAAUCAAUUAAUCAAUCUUCUCACUGGAUAAUAUUGGAUUUAUUUGCCAAAAGCAGAAAGGAAUUGGUGAUGAUGAUGAUUAGAAAGAUGAGAAAAAAAGAGAAGAAAAUUUCUCUCUUGCUAAUGGAAUUCAUUAGGAAGAAAACAAAAGCUUAUCAGGUAACAACGGAUGAUGACGAUGAAUAUGUUAGUUGGGGAUCUGAUUUCGAUGAAUCUUGUUCAGACGAUGGUACCGAUGGAUUGAGUGCUAGAGCCAAUGGAAACUGUGAUAACGAUGAUUACGAUUUAAACGACGACGAUGACGAUGAAGAAGAUGAGGAUGAUGAUGAAGAUGAAGAGAAUGACCGUUUAAAUGGGAAAUGUGAAAGUUAUUCAUUAAAUGGUAAAAGCGACUGUAGGUCAUCUCAUCAGCUGAAAAAUCGGGUUAAUGAGAAUGUGGAAAAAAGUGAAAAUAUUAUCCAUGGAUCAGCAAUAACAUAUGAUAACACAUAUGAGGCCAUUUCGGAGACACCAUCAACAUCUAGUUACGGUGGUUCCUCUGAGAACAGUUCAACGUGUUUCUAUGAAAUACCUCCUGAACGUCGUCGAGGAUCAAGUGCAAGUGAUAAAUCAUCUUCCGGUAUUGGAGGUAUGAAUGGUUCGACACGGUCAAACAGUGGCGAUGACCGAAGUGACCUUAGCUCAUUACACUUUGAUGGUUACUCGUUAGAUGAAAAGAAGCGAAACUCUCAUGAUAACGAUUCUGAUCUAAAUCAUCAUCAUUAUCGUGAUUCUCAUAAUCAUCAUCACCAGUGUCACCACAAUAACAAUAAUCAUCAUCAUCAUCAUCAUCAUAGUCCACAUCAACUUUCAGUUGAAGUGACCAAAGAAUAUAUCAUGAGAGAAUUAAACCGGAAGAAGCGAAAACUUCUUAACGGAUGUGAAGCAUCUUCAGAAACCUCUUCAGGUCAAUGUUCAGUGCCAAGUCCAAAACCCCGAACCCGACCUUUAGUUAAACCAGCGAUCCCACCUAAGCCUAACAUAGCUCAAUUUAAUCAAUCGAAACCUGGAAGUCCUGGAAAUUUAAGGCGAAAGUUACGUCGUAAAAUCGUUCGUCCCACCGGGGAACCUCCUCCACCUCCAGUACCGAAAUCACCUCCUCCCAUAUCACCAGCAUCAUCUAAACUUUCCUUAACUGAUCGUCUCGCUGAGUUAACCUUGGACGAUUUGAAUGAAGUUCUUGGUGUUCAAUUAUCAUCUGAACCGGAAGAUAAUGGUGAUAAUGUAGAUGGAGAUGAUGGAGAUGGUACUCUAUCAAAAUCAUCAACAACCACCACCACCACCACUAACAACAACAACAACAAUACGGAUGACAAUCUAAAUACAACAAAUUGCUUAAAUCAAAAGGAUAGAAAACAAUUACAGUCAAUUAAUAACCACAAUUUAACUGGUAGUCAAAACCAGAACCAGGAACAUUUUACUGAAAAAAUGGGAUUGAUAAAUGAUAAGAUUAGUAAAAGUAGUAACCAAAGUGAGACGAAUGACAAUAAAUCUGAUACCGUUAAUAAUAAUUAUGAUAACCAAUCAUCAUCACUUGCUGAAAUAAAUGAUAUUGUUAAUGGUAUCAUGGAUCAUGAUGAUGAUGAUGACGAUUUUGGAGACUAUGAAACACCGUUAAACUUUAAAGAUCCGAUAGGUCAACAGAUUAAUAAUCUUCACAAUUUAAGAAGCACCUCAGUUUCCUCCAUUAGUGAUGGUCACCAUAAGCCACCAUCACCUUCAACUAUCAAUGGAAAUAGUGGUCAUCAUCAGUGUACAGGUUCAUCAAUUGUUUCCUCUUCAUCGGGGUCAACAUCGUCACCUUUAUCAUCACCUUCAGGUUGUAAUCGAAAGAUUUCCCGAUCAUCGUCUGUAGCUUCAGGUUCAUUUCCACCCGAUUUGGGUUUCUCAGACUGUACCGGAAUAUCGCCUUACCCAAUCUCACCACCACCUCCAUUUGAUGAUAACUUUUGUUGCUCAUGUCGAAAGUUAAUGAAAAGUGUUGGAUCAACGCCAAAUUUAAAUGCCAUUAAACCCUCUUCAUCAAGUCGAUCUGAAUUGUCCCUUUCACAAGUUACAUCAACAACACCUUUAUCAUCAUCAUUGUCUUCAACUUCUUCAACUAAGAACCAAUCAAAUCAACAAUCAACAGCCUUUGACAAUGAUAGUCAUAAUUCAUCAUCAUCUAAUCAUCACCACCACCACCACCACCAUCACCUUCAUCAUCAUAUUCCACACAAUCAGCAGCAAAAACAACAACAAAAUCAACAUUCUUAUUUACAUUCACAUUCAACAUCAAACCUUUCACUAUUAACCGUUGAUCGACCCAAAUUACCAAGAAGUAAACCUGAUUGUGGUAACACUAAUAGCAACAAUAGCAAUAGUAACAAUAAUAAUAAUAAAAGUUGCAGUUAUAAUAAUAAUAAUUUAACCAGUAACAACAACAACAAUAAUAAUAAUACAUCAACAGGAAUUAGUUUUAAAGCUGAAAUUGCAGCUAAAUUUGCUGAGAAAGCGGCUUAUGCUAAGAAAAUAAUAAACUCACGGCCUCCAUUUAGACCUUUUGAAACAAUUUAUGCAACCGGAAAAUCAUUUGGCUUCUCAUCAUCAUCAUCAUCUAAUCAAGCAGGCAAAUCAUCCUCAUCAUCAAUUUCAUCUUCAUCUUUAAACAUAAAUGCUAAUAACAAUCACAAUAUCAAUCGAUCAGGAUCAAUAUCUAAUCUUGCUCAAAGACCACUACCACCUUUACCUGAUGAUGUUAUGCCAAUUGAAAAGUAUUCAUGGUUCCAUGGGCUUGAACGAGAUUCGGCUGCCGCUGUGCUCGAACACCUUGGAACCGAUGGAUCUUACCUGGUCAGGCCAUCCAAACGAGCUGGACAGUCAAAUCCUUUGACCCUUAGUAUCUUGAAUCAUGGUAAAGUUUUUCAUCUUAACAUCCGUCGUCGAUCUGAUGGACUUUACUGCCUUGGAAAAGAAAAGGAUAAAGAAAGGACUUUCGCAACUGUGCCUGCAUUGAUACGCUUCCAUCAGAAAGAGCCAAUCCUUUUAACAACGAAAGGAGAAUCAGCUGGAAUUACUAAAUUAAUGGUCACUCCAAUUUCAUCCUCAUCAACAAUUAAUCCAUCAUCAUCAUCAUCACAAUUAACAACAUCAUGAAGCUCAAAAUGAAAUAAUUACAAUUGUUUCUCUGCCUUUUUGUAUCUUCCUCUUUCUUUUUGAUUUUAUCUUUUGAAAUCUGAAUUUUGUCUCUUUUACACCCUACAUUUUCACCUACAAUCUUCACAGUUAUCUAACUCUCUCCUCCCUCCCUCUCUCUCUCUCUCUCUCUCUCUCUCUCUUUCUCUUUCUCUCUCUCUUUGGAUAAUCAAACUUCCCUAGUCAUGAGCUUAAUCAAUUACAAUUAAAGUAAUUAUUCAUCUUUAUAAAUAAUAACAAAAUAAUAAUGAAAAUGAUGUUAAUAAUAAUAAUAACUUUGCCCUUUUAAA